AUGCCAACUGCCGUUAAACACCACAGAAGAAGACCCGCUUCCUUUACUUCCGGGAAACAAACCCCACUUCAUUUAUCAAGAUGGCGACAUUAAUAGUGAACCAGCCACCGGUCGGGGGUUUCAGUUUCGAUCACUGCAAGAGAAAUGCAUAUCUGUUAGGUGAGGCUAACAAAGUGGGAAGCAGCUUGCCUACUGCCCGGAAGACAGGAACCACCAUCUGUGGUAUCGUCUUUAAGGAUGGAGUCAUCCUGGGAGCUGACACCAGAGCCACUGAGGGCAUGGUGGUGGCUGACAAGAACUGCUCCAAGAUCCACCACAUCUCCCCCAACAUCUACUGCUGUGGAGCAGGAACAGCUGCAGACACGGAGAUGACCACUCAGAUCAUCUCCUCCAACCUGGAGCUGCACGCCCUCUCCACAGGACGGGUGCCCCGCGUGGCCACUGCCAACCGCAUGCUCAAACAGAUGCUCUUCAGGUAUCAGGGCCACAUCGGGGCGGCUCUGGUUCUGGGCGGAGUGGACUGUAACGGUCCUCACCUCUACAGCAUCUACCCCCACGGCUCCACUGACAAGCUGCCCUACGUCACCAUGGGCUCUGGCUCUCUGGCUGCCAUGGCGGUGUUUGAGGAUCGCUACAAGCCUGACAUGGAGGAGGAGGAUGCCAAGCGGCUGGUGAGAGACGCCAUCGCUGCAGGAAUCUUUAACGACCUGGGCUCCGGCAGCAACAUCGACCUGUGUGUCAUCACCAAGGGCAACCUGGACUACAUCCGGCCUCACGAGGAGGCCAACAAGAAGGGCGUCAGAACCGGUGACUACAAGUACAAGAGAGGAACCACAGGCGUGCUGUCGAAUGUGGUGACCCCGCUGAACCUGGAGGUGGUGGAGGAGAGCGUUCUCACCAUGGACACCUCCUAAAAAUACUUACUAUGUCUUCUUCAUGUAACUCACUAGCUUCACAAUUCCUAACUCGAUGGUUUGUUUUUCCAUAAUUUACAAUAAAAGUGAUUGAGUUGA